AUGUUCUCCCGCCUCAACCAACUCGCACGCCACCUCUCCCGUCCCCUCCCCAACUACCUCCACACCAGCGCCUUCGCCGCAACCUCACGACCAAGCGUCUUGACGUCACGAGUCGCAACCGCAAUGGCCGCGGCAGAGAACAGCAAGAAGAUGAUCCACACGGCGGGGUGUAUAAUCAUCGGGGACGAAGUACUAGGAGGGAAGACAGUCGACACCAACUCCGCCUACCUCGCAAAGUACUGCUUCAGCCUCGGCAUCACGCUCAAACGCAUCGAAGUCAUCGCCGACGACGAGGCCGAAAUCGUCGAAGCCACCCGCCGCAUGUCCUCGUCCUACGACUUCGUCGUCACCUCCGGCGGCAUCGGCCCCACGCACGACGACAUCACCUACCAGUCCAUCGCCAAGGCCUUCGAUCUGCCGCUCGUGCUGCACGAGGUCGCGCUGGAGAAGAUGAAGAAGCUGAGUCGGCCGCAUCCGAGCCAGAGGGAGUUUAGUUGGGACGUGGAUUCGCCCGCGCGGAGGGCCAAGUUGCGGAUGAUUCAGUUGCCUUAUGAUAAAGAGCUGCCUGAUGAGGAUCAGGUGAUUUUUGUGAGUGAAGAUCUUUGGGUGCCGAUUAGUGUGGCGAAUGGGAAUAUCCACAUCCUGCCUGGGAUUCCGAGGCUCUUUGAGAAGAUGCUGGAAGGGUUGAAGCCUAGGUUACUCCCGAGGCUGGUGGAUCCUGAGGGGAAAGGGGUGCAUCGGAUCUUGUUCAGUACGCCGCUGGCGGAGAGCGAGGUUGCGGAUUAUCUCACGCAGUUGUCGGGCAAGGUGGAGAGUAAGGGGGUCAAGGUGGGCAGUUAUCCGAGAUGGGGCAAGUCGAGGAAUACCGUGACGUUGGUUGGAAAGGAUAAAGAGUAUAUGGAGUCGUUGGUGUCUGAGGUGGCAGAGGGUGUUAAGGGGCGAAGAGUGCAGGUUGAAGGUGAAGAUGACGAUGAGGGCAGUGAUAAAGACACAUAA